GGUAAAAGGCUGAGUAUGACAUCUUCAUUUAUCCAACAUCUUUGUUGUAUAUGUUUCACUGUCAAAUACUCUCCCAUUCGCGCAGAACGAGGUUUAUCAACAAGUGGGACACCUGUAAAACUAUAUUUUGGAACCGUGUACAGCAGCCGUCAGCAUUGAAAGUAAGUAGACAUAGGAGUCUGGAAUGUAUGUAGAUCAUGGAUAUAUCCAUAGCAUUAUGCUGUGUGUAUGUUUGCCAAUAAUCACAUUUUUCAAACCUGAGCUGUCAGAGAUUCAGACCAAAUUAUGAAACUGUCGUGCGCUAAACUUCCUGCGUAUGCAGCUAUUUUGUCUCGAGCUCAUGCUGCUUGUAACAUUGUAGCAAACUGUUGUUAUUAUUAGCUUGCUAGCUUAGCUGUGCUACAAUGUUGGAAGGACUAACACAACAGAUAACCCUUAUCCUAACGUUCUCAGGAAUGUCACAACAAAUGAUAUGGAACGUUUUCCAAGAAUCUACGUCACAAUAUUUGUCAUGAACUGUAAUGGUUCGCUACACUACAAAUUUCUUGCUGUUGGAAGACACACCCUCCACAUUUAUUUAUCGCACUUCCGUGCAUCGGACGGGGUGGCACAAGCGUUGAUCACGCCAGUCAGUAGAAUUAGCUAAACAACAUUCUCACGAUUCGAGGAGCGUCUAUGACAGCCCAGCCGUGAAUGAUACAGUAUGUUAUGUCUUUUCGGAAAAUGUAUCGAAACCGAAGGGCUAUCGAAGCACCGGAUUGUGGUAAACAAGCAACAUCAAGGUGAGGUGCCGCGAUUUCUCUUCGGUCUCUGCUAUACGGGUUCCUUGGGACGGUCCUACUCAAUUGAAGUGGAAGUUUAAAACCGUUAGGUAGGGACCUCACAAGGAUCCCAGAUUGCGACCAUUUCUCUUCUCUCACACAGCCGCCUGCGGAGACGGUCCAAAUAGCGCAUGCGCAUAUAUUUUUUUACAUUUACAUUUUAGUCAUUUAGCACACGCUCUUAUCCAGUGCAUACAUAAAAAAAAAAAAUCAUACUGGCCCCACGUGGGAAACCAACUGAGCUACAUGGGACCCUUGUAAAAAGUCAUUUGAAUGCCAUUGCUCCUCAUGUAAUUUUAGUCAGUAUACAUAUAUUCCAGCCAGUAUAAAGAUAUAGGCUACUGCAUACAAGGGUGAAAUAAAUAGCACAUCUAAUGUUCUAUUUCACUGCAUGUCAGUGGAGGCUGGUGGGAGGAGCUGUAGGAAGACGUGCUCAUUGUAAUGUCUGGAAAAAAGUAAAUGGAGCGGAGUCAAACGUGGUUUCCAUAUGUUUGAUGUGUUCAAAACCGUUCCAUAUAUUCCAUUCCAGCCAUUACAAUGAGCCCGUCCUCCUAUAGUCCCUCCUCCAGCCUCCUCUGCUGCAUGUUCUCUUUUGCUCACAGGACCAACAAUACAUCCUGAAGUUACAGAAUGGCUUUGGCUCUCACAGCAUGGAUGUGGUAUCCUCUCUCUGUCCUAUAGUGUAUCAGGUCAGGUUUUACAGAUGCUUUGAACAGUUUCUAAUGGACCUACAAUCUCAGGAUAUCUCAGAAUAAGCUCCUCUAAUUUACCAGGGUAGGAACCAAGACCCUGUGGAUUUCAGAGUAACGUUACACCAUUUUACCCAAGACCUACUUUCGAGAGGCAGAGGGCGUGCAUUGUCUAAGUGGGAAUGGGGAACUGGUGUUGUCCUGCUGCUAGUCCCUGUGACAAUGUGGAGGAAAGAAGUGGGUUACUUCAUGGGGGUGUCAAGGAUCCAGCAUCCUCCUCAGAAUGUGGAGAGGUCGCUGGAUUCCACAAUGGUUCCAAAGCAGAUUCUGAAGUGAGGUAAGAUUAUGACUCAACACUGCUAUUGGUUACCUAAUUAAAUCAGUCAUGUUUUUUAUUAUCUUGAUUGGACUGCAAUCAAAACCCACUGGGCAAAAACUGGUUGAAUCAACAUUGUUUCCAGGUAAUUUCAACCCCAAAAAACAAUGUGAUGGCAUUGAAUCAAUGUGGAAACUGAUUGGAUUUGCAAAAACCAUCAACAUAAGGGCAUUUCGUAUUUUUUUUCACCCAACUUCUAACCUAAAUAGUUAGUUGACAACUCAACCAAAUGUAAAUCAAAACUGGACGUUGAACUGACGUCUGUGCCCAGUGGGAACACACCACUUGAAUCAACAAGUCAAACCAUUGGCAAACACAUGAAGCACUUGUAGUCUCCCAUACUUUUGCCUGGUAGUACAUGUAUUUUGAAACAUGUUAGUUUUGUUUCCAUGGAUGGUUUGUCGUAGGAAAGCGGGAGGAGACGAUGCAGAGGAAAAUAAAGAGAAAGAGGUGGCUGUUGUGACUGUGCAGGUGUGGCGCAGUGUCUCUCCCAAAACCAAUAGAAAGGAAGACACUGCCCAGCCCCAGACUAUAGAGAAGAAUGGACUCCUCCAGACAGAAGACAGAGAGGAUGAAGAACCCUCUCCCAUCACAGACACUGGACUCAUAGCAAACUCCAUCCUUACAGCACUGGACAAAAGCACUGAGGAUAUAGCCACAGAGAGCACAAAUGUAGAAGCUCAGAUUUGCACUUCAGAUCCUCCCCAGGGUCCCCAUAAGGAAGAUGCCCGAGGAGGAGGAGAUGCAGAGAAGGUCCCGGCUGAGAUAGAAGCUGUUGCUGAGCAGACCUCCCCUGUGGUCCAGAAUGAACACUCGGAUAAUAUAACAAUUACACCCGAUGCUAAGGACAAAUGCCCUGAAGCCUUCUCCCUCAAAGCUGAGAUACCAGUAGAAUCCAUUACCUCUGAAACUGUGGAUGAGGUUUCAACAAUACCCCUCCACAAUGCGGUGGAUGUACUGUCAGAGCCAGAGAAGUGUUGUCUUGGCACUGUGGAGGUCACAUCUCUCCCAGACACCCAGCUCACCCCACCAGAGGCCUCUGAGGAGGCAGCAUCUACUGACAGUGUCCCUCACUUGCCCUCAUCUCCAUCUCCCACUAGGUAAGUCACACGUCUAUGGCUAAAACGGCUAUAGCUUCAGUUCAAACCAUUGGGACUUUAUGGGUGACUCUUUGUGUAUUUACAGUGUGUAUUUCAUACAUCUUUCCUCCCUGUCUUCUCAUGUAUAGUACUGUGAUAAAGGGGGUUGAUGAUAAAGAGAAUAGGAGCUCUGUAGCGCACCUAGAUGAUAGUCCACAGGAUCCAGAGGCCUCUCCUGCUUUAACAGAAGCUACAGAGCCCACCCAGAAUGGUCUGGUUCCUCUAAACUUCACUGGCCUAGUGAAGGAACCAGUGAAAAUGUGUCCCUCUAAGACCAGCAACAGGUGAGUAGACUCAGAUUUACAAUGGAAAUGUUCGUUAUCACAACUCAUUGAAAUAAACGGAAUUAAAUAAACGGUAUAAAAAUGUUGUAAUUUCCUUUGCAACCAUUAGGGGGCAUCCAAAGACCAUAAAAGUAAUAUCACGCAAUGGGAUUUGAGCAGGUGCUGAAAAAAAUAACUACUUUCAACCAUCUCUGUGAUGUAAUAUCGAAAGGAAUGCAGUCCUUCAUAUCCUAAGAGUGAAGCAAAAAAAAAAUUCAACCCUCCAGCUGAGGUUUCCUAUACGACCAUGAUUAAUAGUGAACUGAGUUUGAGUGAUAGGAAUUAAUUACUUUGAGUGGUCCACAUUACUUUUCUCCUGGAAAGGCCUUUCAAAUCUCUACACCUAUGGCUUUCCACUGUUAUUUUGAGUGUGAUUUGAUCUAUGUUUCCUGCUGUGAACAUACAUACAUUAUUCCUCAAAAGGUAGAUUAAAGUAUCAUCUUCUACAGUUGAACAUUAGAACGGUACUAACAUUGUGCCUUGCCUGAGGCCAGACUGUACAAGAGGAAUGUGGUUUAAGAACAUAAGACCAUGACAGUAGAGAUGUUCUUCUCAUGAAAUUUAGGGUGCGAUGCCUGCCUGUAUAACGUAAAGUGUAAACGCAUGCAAUUCAUAGAAUGGCUUUAUCGACUUCUCUCCAGUCAAAACUCCUGUGAAGAAGAGAAGGAAGGUAUCCAGUGUGGAUUGACUGAAGUCCCAUCUUUGGAAGACCUCUUAGAUGAAGGAGAGGAGGAAGAAGUGCCAGAAACAAAGGAACAGAAGGAAAAGGAGGAGAUGAAGGAGAGUGCUGCUGCAGGAGCCAUGACAGGGGAUGAGACUGGAGGGGAGGAGGUCCAAAAAGGAGAGGCCCUUCGGGGGCCCAGCACCUCAGCUGAUUUGGAGGUGUUACCAGUGAGGGAGGGAGAUGGUCCUGCUGGGGAGGAUCUGGGAGUUAGGUUUGUCAAAGUCUCUCUUUGUACCGCAGAACUGACUGCAGAUCAGUGUCAAUGUCACAUAAUUGAAGCAAAAUUAUUGUAUAUUAUUUGACAUGUUAAUAAUAACAUUAUCAUUAACUAUCUUCCGCUUCUUAGCGAGGAAGACCUGUAUCGAGGAGCUGAAGAGCUCCCCCAGGGGCCAGUCAAACAUGCAGGACCGGAGCCACUGUUUGAAAUCACACGUCAGUCACUUUCAGAUUUCCUUUGUGUCUCCUUUAAUGGUAUACCCACAAAUAUUUUGAUUUAAUAUUAAUAUUCUCUUUCUCACUAUUCUCUCCCUAUCUCAGUUCCAAAGGUUGAGGACAGAUGCAGUCUGGAGCCGACGUUGGAUAUUAUGUCCUACAGUGAGAGAGAGUGGAAGGGAAACACUGCCAAAAGUACCCUUAUUAGAAAGGUCAGUUGAUUAGCCAGUUACUAUGAUCUUAUAUUUUAAAAAGGAAAUCUGGGAUUGGUUAUUUCAUUUUUUGACCUUUAAAGAUGGAAUCCGCAGUAGGGGGAAAGGGCGCCACUGACCGCCCCACCACCCCUGUUUUUGUUGCCAAGGUGAAUAUUUAGGACAUUCUUACAAGAUGACGAUUCAUGCUAGUUUGCUCUUCCUGUCUGGUCCCAGGGUUACACUGAGUUGUCUCAGAGGUUUGGGAGCCUGAGACGGGUGAGAGGAGAUAACUACUGUGCCCUCCGAGCCACUCUGUUCCAGGUGCUCUCCACCAGCACCCAGCUGCCUGUCUGGCUGCAGGAUGAACACAUCUCCAUGGUACACAAUGCUUGCAUAACUAACGCUGUGUACACUCUGACACUUUUAUAUAAGUCAUAAUGCCUCAUACUGGCUAUACCUACGACCCCAGUAUAAAGCUAAGUGGACAUUAGCUGCCUGAUGGUCAGUGUGGCUUGCCGUUAUAGUCUGUUGUAUUUUGGUCGCAUUCAUUAGUGCACACCGUAGCAAAACAUUUUGCAAUGCAAAACAAACAUGUGCAUUUCUUAUUAGAUAAGUUCAAGGAUGUCCCUCCCUGUUUUAAUCAGUUUUCUUCUGUUUGGUGCAUAAUGCAUACAACCCUGUUUCUUCUCCACAGUGGCUGGAGGAGCUGGAGGACCUGAUAGGCCAGUGGAUGUUCCCCUCAGAGUGCAGACAGAGGGAGGGAAGAGAAGACGCCGUCCAACAGCUCAAACGCUACAUGAAACUCCUCCAGAACAGGGUACCGCCCAUGCCUUCCUUACCCAGCCCUAUGCACUGUACGCUUUGUAAAGACUCAAACACCAAUGUCUUUUCUCAGAUUUUCAAUGCAGAUGUAAGUGAUUCCCAAACCUUAUGGUUGUAAUUAUGAACACAUGGAAGAGGGUUUUAAUGGCAGUUUUAGAGCAGUUUGUGGUAUACUGCACUGACUGUACCCUCCCUUGCGGAUUGCUGUGUUUUAUUGAAGCAGCCUAAUAUUAAACAGAAGGAGAGAGGAUAGAUUGAUCCUCAGUCUUCAGGAAACAGUUUAAUACAUCUGUGGGGAGUAGACUGUAUCGCAACAUGAGACCUCUGGCUGGCAUCUAGCUGGCUGGCAUCUAACAGCCUAUUCCACCUCUGGAGGAAUUCUGUUCUUGAUUACACUCUACACUUCAAAGACUUCUCCCUCUGUCGUUAGAUGGUUGGUAGCUGUACCCUAGCAUCACCAACUAAUGGGAAAAUGGUGCAUACUGUCACCUUCAUAUUAUGGUGACAACUGACUGACACUGAAGUCAUGAAUUGCGAGAUAAGAGCAGUAUGAUAUCCAGCCAUACUAAUGUUGACAGUGUGUGUGUGUGUGUGUGAAUUGCAGUCGAGAAAAUAGCAAUAAUUCAAUAUACAUGCAGUAUAUGAUUUCCAGCCAUGGUGAUGUUGACAGUAUGUGGCGUGUGUGUUGUUGUGCCCAGUGGCAGGCGGCGGUGGGCUGCUCCAGCGCGGAGGAGAGACUGCGUCUGUGUGAGCGUGUGUUCCAGGGAGGGGAGGAGGAGCUGGGCCUGCUGGAGGCUCUGAAGCUCCUCAUGCUGGGCCGGGCUGUGGAGCUCCACACCACCAUGCAAGAGGGAGGGGACGUGCCUGUCUUCUGCUGGCUGCUCUACGCACGCGACUCCUCCGACUGCCCACGCACCUUCCUCUCCAACCACCUGAGCCAAGUGGGAUUCAGCGGGGGGCUGGAGCAGGUGAGCACCCGGUUGCUGUGAUGACAUAGAACACACAAACAUGGUCCCCUGUACAUACUUUAUGCCAAUAGAACACACUAAAAUGGUCCCCUCCCCUGUUCAAAUGAACAUGUAUUCAUACUUCUGUAAACACUGUAUAUACAUAAGCCCAAGCACUCUCUCUAAUGGGGUUUUCAUAGGCAUCAAUUAAAUGUCUCUCAAUGUUAUAAGUAGCACACUUUCAGUGUUGGGGAGUAGUGAACUACAUGUACUUCAACUGGUAAUUUAACUACAUUUUGCAGGAGCUUGGUGGUAGUUGAAGUAAAUUAAAAUCUUGAUAGUGUUUUCAGUAGUUAAUGACGUUAUUGCCAUGUAGAGGGGUAGCUAACUACUGGAACUACACUACUUUUUUUGCAAAAUGAAAAUAAACUAUGGGUGAAGUUGACAUGUCCUUUCGUUUUCAACAUCAGACCUGCCUAAUUCUAACUUGAAACAUAUUUUUUUUUAAUAGACUGAUCUGAGAAUUAUCUGUUCUUGCAAUUUGUACUCUAUGACAUUUCAGAUUUACAUAUUAUACUUUUUCACAAAGUAUUUUGGAUGUAGUGAACUACUUUUUCAAAGUAACUUUAGUUAAGUAAACUAUAUUUUUCUUAAAGCUGCAAUAUGUACCUUUUUGGGCGAACUGACCAAAUUCACAUAGAAAUGGUAUGUUUCAGUAGUCCAUUGUUGAUAUAGUCCCAAAAUGUUUUGCUUGUCAGUAGUCAAGGUUUCAAGAAAUCUGGCCCAUAUGAUGCUGUGUUUUGCAUCAUACGGAUCAGAUUUCUUUAUUUUGAAAGUUGCAUAUCUUGAAAACUUGAUUGCUGACAAGCAAAACAUUUUGGGACUAUAUCAACAAUGGCCUAAUGAACGUUUUUGGGUGGAAUUUUCCUUUAAGGGUAGCUUUAGUGUAGCUUAACUUCUUCCAGUGUGAAGUAAUUGGUAGCUUGGUAAACUAUAUUUUCCCCAACACUGCAGUCUUUCCUGGUAGUUAAAUUAAAUUGGUGAUAAACCAGGAUCAUUUGGCUUUUUAAGUUGGUAUUUUAGCUGUACUUUUCCCAUCCAAACCAUCAGUGAAGUGGUACCAUUUAGCCGGUAGUCAUACUCAAUGCUGAGCAAAAACAAGAGGAUACAGUAGGAUGGGUGUGUUUUAGCUUUCCCACAAACCAAACCUUGAAGUCUAACAUGCACACACUUGCUCUGUACCAUCUGUUCUUAUGUCCUCAACAGCAGUUCAGCCUAAGCCUCAGGGCUUUUCUGGUUUGUUCAGUGACUCUUGGGAAGGUCAGAGCAGGCCAGAGAUGAACAUUCAUUUGAGUUUGUAUUUUAAGCUUAGCAUCAAUGACAGAGCGGUGUAUCAGGGAAGAAUGUAUAACACAGUAUGGGCUCGAUUCAAUUCAGAGCUAUAGCGCAAUAGAAGUUUAAAGGCAAUGUACCCGUGUUCGUGGAGACUGCAUUCACGUAAAUGCUGCAAUAUGUUGGCUCAAUCGGAAAUUACCAUAAUUUAAUUUGCGCUAUAGCGCUCAACUGAUCAGAAUAAACCAAAAUUCGAGCCCUAGUACUUUUAAGAGGCUUCUACUGAUAAGUUCAUUUUCAAAGUCCUCAAACAAUGGAUCCAAUACUGAUCCAUGCCAAUACUCCCACUAACUCUCAAUACCCAAUUUUCAAAAACAUAUGUAAUAAUGAUUUUAUAAAUAUAAAGCAUCAACUCCCUAUCUCAUUGGUUCCUGAGUGUAGGUGGAGAUGUUUCUGCUGGGGUAUGCCUUGCAGUGCACCAUCCAGGUCUACAGACUGUACAUGGCACACACAGAGGAGUUUGUCACCUAUUUUCCCGACGACCAUAAGGAAGACUGGCCCUGUGUAUGUCUGGUCACAGAGGAUGACCGCCACUACAACGUCCCAGUGGGCCAACCCAAUGGACUCCAGGUCCCAGAAGACCUCACUGCAAGCUGAUUGGACUUGAAGUCCCUGAUUUGCCACUGAAGAAGAAGCUCAUGGCAGGCAGAACAGAGAGCACUCCUCAUGUUGACUGGGUGAACACUGAACAUAUUCCUGCCUAUUGGCAUUAUGGCCCCAUUUACACCUGGUGAAAAAUAGCUUUUGGAAUCUGACUAGAACUGAUGAUUGAAUAGAUAUCAGUUCACAUGUUCUGUAUCACCAUCACAGGAUGCAUUUUUUUUUUAUAGCAGGUGUAAAUGGGUACUAAUGGGUAGAAAUGGUUACUAAAACAUCCAUAAAGGGUGAGAGCAGAGUAGGCUACAGUACGCAGAGGUCGAUUCCUCACAGCAUAUUUUGGCAUUGUUUGACACCGAAACCAUGACCCUGAAUCAAUUUUAGCUACCAGUUAGUUAAUGGUACUCAAAUUUAGAAGAACAACUCAAUGAAAUACACAAUUAUUGCAUUUUGAGGCAUUUGUAAGGUUAGCAGUGACUUAUUUGGAGAUGGGCUUAAACUAGAGUACAGUAGGGAGGAGUUUGUUUGAUCAUUUUUCUGUGCGUCAGUGGCAUGCUUGGUCUCUGCUUGCUGCCAUACGCUCGAGUGAAGGUGUGGUCUUAUUUCGAUAUGUAACAUGUUGCCUUUAACCAAGGUGCUCUUGGAGAAAAUGCAUUGUGCCAAUGUUGUUGCAAAAUCCAGAUACUGGCAACAGUUUCCUGGUUCAUUGUCAAACCACCAGCCUCUGAGUUGGGUUCUACAUAUGAAGCCUGACUUGGUCCUCCAUGUUGCCUUAAGUCACUUAUGCACAAUAUGGGUGAAAAUUGGUGAUUACUGCCUGGAGACCAUUUUGGAAGAAAAGGUUCAAAGCUAACACUGAUUAUACCACUUGGGUAAACACUUUUCUACAGUGUUCAAUUUGUGCAGUAUGAUUGCAGAGUUUAAAUGAAAUAAAAUCAAUAUUUUCAAAAUAAA